AUGCAAGAGGUAGAGCAAGCGACUGCAGACAAUAAGAGUUGUCAAGUUGAAUAUCUGAAAACUCCCGUCACAUCGGAGAAUGACAAGAAGGAAUAUAGAGCCAUCAGAUUACCAAACGGGUUAGAAGCUUUGUUAAUAUCCGAUGAAGAUUCAAAGACACGCUCAUCUCAACAUCAAGAUAUGAAAAAUGAAAUGAAGGCAACAUGUUGCUUAUGUGCGAGAACAGAAAAUUUCAAAGAGACACCAGAAUUUCCAGGCAUAUCAUUUUUCUUCGAAUAUAUCCUUGUGACUGAAUUCGAAAAACAUUGCCAAAAAUAUGAUUUAGAAAAAUUCACCUAUAAACAUGGAGGCAGCUGUACUUCCUUACUUGAAUGCGAAUAUACAUUGUCGUUUAUCUUUGACAUUCAAGAGAAACACUUAUUAUCAGUUCUCAUUCAUUUUGCUGAAUUUUUCACCAACCCUCUACCGGAAAAAGAUGCAUUUAUGCAGAAUCGAAACAACAUAAAAGAAGAAUUUCAGACAGCCUUAAAUUUUGCCAAGGAGAAAAGAGUUGAGCAACCACAGCUUUCCUCCUUUACGCGAACUAAUCAUCCAAUCAACCAGAUUACAGAGGAUCGUAUUAUAAAAGAGCACGAAAAUUUGGAUUACACAAAAUUAUAUAAAGAGCUACAAAAAUUCAAAGAACGCUAUUAUAGUGCUCGCAGAAUGAAGCUGGUUAUACAGGCAAGAUUACCGUUGAAUACAUUGGAACAAUAUGUGACAAUUGAUACGUGUUUUGUUAAUAUACCAACUAACGAACUAUCUCCCGAUGACUCUACCGAAUUAAUAAUAAAUAGUGUUCCUUUUGAUUUUGCCGCUUUCCAAAAAAUGUAUAAAAUUUCCACUUCGACACGUUUUUGGACACAUCUUGCACAACUGGAAAUAACAUGGUUCAUGCCUCCGCUACUUGAUUUAUAUAAAAGUAAACCAUAUCGAUAUAUAUCGUGGCUUAUUAGACGUGAAGGAAAAGGUUCCCUAAUUAGUUAUCUACGCAAAAAAAUGUGGAAUAUUACCGUUUCCAAUGAGGAUAUUUGUUACACUAUACAUAGUUUUACGUACAGCUUAGUCAAGAUUAUUAUAGAUCUAUCCAAUGAAGGAAAACGACAUAUAAAGGAGGUUCUAGAUACAAUAUUUUCCUAUAUUAAUUUGUUAAAGAAGGAAGGUCCACAGAAAAAAAUUUACGACGAGUUUAGUAAGAGUUCAGAAAAUUCUUUUAGAUUUUUUGGUGAAAAGAAACCAAAGGAUAAUGUGAGCAGUUUAUGUAUAAAUUUGCACCACUAUCCGUCGCGCGAUUAUCUAACUGGAAGCGAAAUUUAUUUUGAAUAUGAUCCAGAAGUUAUAACAAAAAUUUUGAAUUGCUUGACGCCAGAGGCUGCGAAUAUUAUAAUUUUCGACAAGGACUUUGACGAUCUGGAAUUAGAUAAAGUCGAUUCAUGGUCAAAAGCGAGGUAUACAGACAUCGAGAUACCACAGGAAUGGCUCGAACACUGGAAAUCCGUCGAGCCAUUGCCAGAUUUUCAUUUACCGGACAAGAAUAAAUACCUUCAUGUUAAACAUUCUUUAGAACCAUUGCCAGCAAAAGUUCCAAAAUAUCCUGUAAAAUUAUACAGUGAUAGUGUAUCAGAGCUUUGGUAUCGCCCGGAUCCCAAGUUUCGUUUGCCAAUAUCUUUUAUGUAUACACAUUUUAUUUCUUGUCUAGGACUUCAGUCACCGGAAAAUGCCGCUCUCAUGACAGUGUACUGCAACAUAAUAAAACUUCUAGUGGUGGAAGAAUUAUAUCCAACUGUAGAGAGUGGGUAUGUGUAUGACAUCAGUGUUAGUGAGAAAGGAAUUAUAACAAAAAUAUCCGGACAUAAACCGAUCACAUUGUUUGUAACUAUAAUAAAAUACAUGAUGGACUGUUCAAAUGUUACGAAGGAAAUGUUCGAAAUGAUCAGAGAUAAACAAGUUGAUAUCUCUAACGACACAUUCACUAAACCUGAGGAUCUCGCUAAGGAUGUGAAAUUACGGAUACUAAAGUUAGCCCAUUAUACAUACGUUGAUAUUAACAAUGCUCUACAAAAUGUCAGUUUUGAAGAAUUUCAAAAUUUUGCAAAAUUUUUUACCAAUCGUCUAUACAUUCAGUGUCUCGUGCAAGGCAAUAUAAUGCAAGAUGCUGCGAUCGAGUCUAUGCAACAAUGUGUUGAAACACUUAAAUGUGACUCUUUACAUUCUAGUAUGAUGCAACCGAAUAGAGUCUUUCAGAUACCCUUGGGCACAAGUUAUUACAAAUUGAAAAAUAUUAACAAAUGUGAUCCAACUUCCGUUGUGAUAAAUACUUAUCAAAUCGAUGUCACGUCAAUUGGGUUAUCAAUGUUAAUGAGACUAAUAAUCAUGAUAAUGAAAAAACAAUUAUCAUUGAAAUGUCGAUCAAUCCAAAAUAAUCUUAUACAACAUAUUUCAUGCGACUAUACGGAUGUCGAUGGAAUUUUAGAAUAUUCUAUUAGUGCCGUUCAAACAGUGGCAAAUAAAUUAUACACAUCUGAGCAGAUUGACAAGUGGAUUGAUGGAUUUCUGGAAUUUUUUAGAGACUUUCUGAAUGAAUUUUCAGAAAAUGACUUAGAUGAUGUUAAAGAAAGAUUAAGAAUACUGAAGCAACAUGUUGAUAUGAAUGUUGAAGAAGAAGUUAAUAGAAACUGGAAUGAGAUCAUGGAGUGUCAAUACAUGUUUGACAGACACGAGAAAGAAAUACUUUCAUUAAACAAAAUAAAAAUAAACGAACUAAGAGAAUGGUUUGAUAAGUACACGUUGGACGAAAAUUAUGUGAAAAAAUUGAGUGUACAUAUUACAGGAACUGAUCCAGACAAAGCGCAGUCCAUUGCUUUGGAAUACAUAAUCGAUGAACAUCAACAGAAGAACAUUGAAGAAAAUUAUAUUAUUAAUGUAGAAGAAUAUCAGAAAAAACUUUACGUUUAUCCAGUAACUGAGAGGUAA